UCCGCCGCACUCGUCUUCUCAUCUCCCCCCACCGUCACCACCACCUUCCUUAUGGCAAGGCAGCCUCCCCCGACCUCCUCCUCACCUUCCUACCAGGCUCCCCUCCUCCUCCUCCUCCUCCCGCGACGGACCUGACGUUUCCAUUCCUCCGUCUGGCCUCCCCGCCCCGCGAGCUGGUCGACCUCCUCCCCCCGCGGCCGGCAGGCGCACGUGCAAAUGCCGCGUGGAUCGAGCUGCUGAGCGCUGAUCACGGUUGGAGAGCUAGCCAUCUGUCUGGGCUUCCGGGAUAGAACAAUUUUUGGCAUAAUUUUCGCCUAAGAUGCCUGGAAUUACAGUGGAUGGAGUUGUCACAGAGGAGGUGCCGAACGGGGUGAAUUCCUCUCAAAACAACGAGCAUCUGUCCGCCCCAAAGUCGACGGCAGCUUCAACAAUGGCUCCAAGCAUGCAGAGCGAGGCACUUGAGAUGCAUGUUGAGGGUUCUGGUGCUGGGGAGCCCUCAAUUGAGCAGCUUUACAACAAUGUGUGUGAGAUGGAGAGCUCAAGUGAGGGUGGGUCCCCAUCACGCGAGAGCUUCGGCUCAGAUGGGGAGGAGUCAAGGAUUGACUCAGAACUUCGCCACCUUGUUGCCGGGGAGAUGGAGGCCAUGAAGGUCAUUGAGGAGGAAGAGGAGAACGGAAGUGCUGCCAAUGCUCUCCCUUCAGCAGAGAAUGGGACCCCAGCCCAGGCACAGUCUUCCAAUUCAUCCAAGAAGUCAAAAAAGGCUUCAAAAUCACAGCUCGAGUCUGAUGCCUCUGUUGGCCCCAAUGGAAAGGCGUCCACUGAGGAAGGUGAGAGCGAGAUCAGCAAACCAGCAAGCCGAGUUGGCCGUCAGCGGAAAUCAAAUGCCAAUCCACGGAAUGGAACAGAAGAUGCUGGACUUGAUAACCCAGACCUUGGACCAUUUCUUCUCAAACAUGCAAGAGACUUGAUUGCCUCAGAAAACCCACGGCGGGCGCUGAAAUAUGCUCUCCGUGCCACCAAGUCGUUUGAGAAAUGUGCUGGUGGAAAGCCAAGUUUAAACUUGGUGAUGAGUUUGCAUGUUGUUGCAGCAAUCUACUGCAAUUUGGGAAAAUAUGAAGAGGCCGUACCAGUGCUGCAGCGAUCCCUCGAGAUCCCUGUAAUUGAGGAAGGUCAGGAGCAUGCUCUUGCAAAGUUUUCUGGCUGCAUGCAGUUGGGUGAUACCUAUGGCAUGCUAGGUCAGACUGCACUCUCACUGCAAUGGUAUGCUUCUGGGCUUGAAAUCCAGAAGCAAACAUUGGGAGAGCAAGACCCAAGGGUUGGAGAGACUUGCCGGUACUUAGCCGAGGCCCAUGUGCAAGCACUACAACUUGAUGAAGCACAAAGAUUGUGUCAGAUGGCUCUUGACAUACACAGGGAGCAUGGCGAGCCAGCCUCACUAGAAGAAACAGCUGAUAGGAGGCUUAUGGGUCUAAUUUGUGACACCAAGGGUGACCAUGAAGCUGCACUGGAGCAUCUAGUGAUGGCUAGCAUGGCCAUGGUAGCCAAUGGUCAGGAAACAGAGGUGGCCUCGGUGGAUUGCAGCAUUGGUGAUAUCUACCUCUCCUUGGGUCGGUAUGAUGAGGCUGUGUUUGCUUACCAGAAAGCUCUUACGGUAUUCAAGACCAGCAAAGGGGAGAAUCAUGCAACUGUGGCUUCUGUUUUUGUGCGUCUAGCGGAUCUGUACAACAAGACAGGGAAGCUGAGGGAGUCAAAAUCUUACUGUGAAAAUGCCUUAAAGAUUUACCAGAAACCUAUUCCAGGGACUUCUCUAGAAGAAAUUGCCACUGGUUUAACUGAUGUUUCAGCCAUAUAUGAGACUAUGAAUGAGCAUGAGCAAGCACUCAAGUUACUUCAGAAGGCCUUAAAAAUGUACAACAAUUCUGCCGGCCAACAGAGCACAAUUGCUGGAAUUGAGGCUCAGAUGGGCGUCCUGCACUAUAUUCUGGGCAAUUACGGAGAGUCCUAUGAUUCCUUCAAGAGCGCGAUUGCAAAGCUCCGCACUUGUGGUGAGAAAAAGUCUGCCUUCUUUGGGAUUGCCCUGAACCAGAUGGGGUUGGCAUGCGUUCAAAGAUACUCAAUAAAUGAAGCUGCAGAACUGUUCGAGGAAGCUAGAACUGUUCUGGAACUAGAAUAUGGGCCGUAUCAUCCAGAUACUCUAGGAGUAUACAGCAAUCUCGCAGGAACUUAUGAUGCAAUGGGCAGACUGGAUGAGGCCAUUGAGAUCUUGGAAUAUGUUGUUGGAAUGCGCGAGGAGAAGCUGGGAACCGCUAACCCAGAUGUUGACGAUGAGAAGCGGAGACUUGGGGAGCUGCUUAAGGAGGCUGGCCGGGUGCGAAGCAGGAAGGCAAAGUCCCUGGAGAAUCUGCUCGAGACCAACCCAUACACCGUCACCAAGAGAAACACAGUUGCAGCAUGACUGUUCUGAUGAAAGGUGACGAUUGUUACUAAGGUAUUCAAUUGGUUUGUUCGAGUGGGGCAAUGGGAAUAGUGGUGUUUACCUAUCUAGAAAUAUGAAAUGUUCAAAUUGAUUGCUGUAAAGUUUCAAAUGCUAUCAUUGGUUAUACUUGUUCAGUGCCCUUUAUAGUUGUCUUUGUGAAUGCGAGCGGUGACUACUGUUUCUCUC